UAUGGUUGAAUGCCCGAUGCUUGCAUAACUUCCGUUGCAUUCUCAGAAGACAACAUUGAGCAUCUGCAUCAACUCAACAAGCAAGCACCAUGGGAUCUAUCGAAGCGGCGAUUCCUGCAAGCGGGGACAUAUUCCAUCUCAAAAGGAACACGUCUACAACCGUAGAAUCAAUCGACGACGGCCAACAAACGCCGCCCCUUGCCAGACCUAAGGACGAAUGGGUAUACCCUUGGCCAACGAACUUCAAGAUCAGCGAGCAUCCGAUUGAUGAAGUCCGCAGGCUUAAGGUAGCCGUGAUCGGUGCUGGUCUGGCGGGCAUUACAGCUGGAGCGCUCCUGCCUGCCAAAGUUCCUGGUAUAGAUCUGACGAUACUGGAGAAGAAUGCAGAUGCUGGUGGAGUUUGGUUUGAGAACAGAUACCCUGGUGUACGAUGCGACAUUCCCGCACACGUCUACCAAAGCACGUUCACUCCAAAUACGCACUGGACUGAAGAGUACGCCCAAGGCAAUGAAAUUCUUGCAUACUGGCAGUCAUUAGCGCGUAAACACAAUGUUUAUGAACACAUCCGCUUCAGGACGAAAGUAGUGGGCAUGUACUGGGAUCCAACUCGCUCUCAAUGGAGGAUCGAGACAGUUCACGUUGAGGAUGGCCACUCUAGCUCGGAGCACUAUGACUAUGUGGUGACAGCCAUCGGUCACUUCAACGAGUGGAAACUGCCAAACUACCCUGGCAUUAAGGACUUCAAAGGCCCUCUUUUCCAUUCAAGCAAUUAUGACCCAAAGUUCGAUCCCAAAGGUAAACGAAUAGCUACCAUUGGCAACGGAGCAUCUGGUAUCCAGGUCACCACUGAGCUACAAAAAGUAGCAGAUCAUGUCGAUCAUUAUGCGCGCAAUCGUACAUGGAUCGCCGGCAGCUUCAACCCUGCUGUGAGAGAUCGGCAGGAUAAACCGAUGUACUUCGACUCUGAGACAGUCAGAUCAUUCAAGGAUCCCGUCAACUACCUCAAAUACAGAAAAGAGCUCGAAGGCAAUUUCUUCAGGGGGUUCGAGAGUCAGCUUGUUGACUCCGAGACUACCAAGAAUUUGAGACAAACCUUCAUCGAAGCCAUGCGAACGCGUACGAGUGAGAAACCGGAGGUGCUCGACAAGCUGAUACCGGAUUUCCCACCGAAUUGUAGACGCCUCACGCCGGGCCCUGGGUACCUCGAAGCACUAUGCGCACCGAACCUGGAUUUGAUACAAACUCCGAUCGCACGAUUUGUAGAAGACGGCAUUAUAACUGUAGACGGGAUCAAGCGUUCCGUAGACGCGGUCAUAUGCUCCACGGGUGCAAACGUGGACUAUGCCCCUCCUUUUCCAAUCGUCUCUGGAGAUCUCGAUCUCUCUCGAGACUGGAGACCUGAUGGCAAACUUGGCUGGCCUCGAUCGUACUUGGGCAUGGCCACGGAUGGAUUCCCAAACCUAUCCUACCUCCUUGGACCCAAUCCUGCCGGGCCCAGUGGCACUGUCCCUCAUGCUGUUGAGAUCCAAGUUACCUACGUCGCAAAAGUACUGCGCAAGAUAUCGACCCAAGGAAUACGCACGAUAGUUCCCUCGAAGGCAGCGACCGAUGACUUCAUCGCCUACGCUGAUGCGUUCUUCCCGAGAACCAACAUGGCUCUAAAGUGUAGCUCCUGGAGCAACGGCGGUCGUCCGGGUGCACGUAUUCAUGGUCACUGGCCUGGCUCUGGAGCUCAUGUUACAUACGCGAGGCGCGAUCCUCGCUGGGAAGACUACGAAUACAGUUAUGUGGUCCCGGGGAAUCGAUUUGCUUACUUUGGCAAUGGACAAACCGCUGCUGAGAAGGAUGCUGAGCGCGACAUGACGCCGUAUCUCAAGUUGGCUGAAGACAACGACCUGCGCGACCUUCAUGAACGUUGGUGGGAUCUCUAAUGUAUACCAUUCGUUCGAUGUGGAAGUACAAUCCCUCCUCAUUAAGCCACCAAGUGAUCAGCUGCAAUACAGAUCGAUGCUUUGACAUCUGCAAUUCAGCUGGCCGGAUACCAUUCACUGUCAAUUCAUUUUCACCCAGUGCAAGGAUUGGACCCGAGGACGAUUCAAGAGACACGCAGGACGCCUGAUCUUGUUUUGUGAGAAACGUUAACACCCGCAUUGUCUCUUUGACGCUAGUAUCCGCGACUGGUAAGUGACGUUCUACCAACUGGCUGACAGCUAGUGUUAUAGCGUGCAUAUUUGCGAAACCC